AUGACCGAUUCGAACGUUGAGAAUCACAAAAUCAAUUGGUUGUUCGCUCCUUCGAUAUCUCCGCUGCUGACUGCGUACGAUUUUCGACUCUUGCAAUUAUCAGUUCCAUCUAAGCCGGCUUUGUCGAUCUACCAAGACCUUUUGAAUGAGAUAGAUGUGGAUUGCAAAAGAAUUAUUGGAGGGGAUAAAAUUUUGGUUGAAAAGGCUAAACAAUGGGAGUACAAUUCCAUACACGCUGAGCUGAAAAUAUUUGAAGCUAAAGACAAGUGUCAUGCCAUAAAAAAGCUUUUUGGAUUUCAUGUGGAUCUAAAAGAUAUUUCCGCAGAAGAAUUAGCAUACCCACUUGCGUAUGGUGCGGUUGUUUACAAGAACUUCGUACAGGUAAUGUUCAUGUUAAGUGCAUUUUAUCGGCCUCAUAACGAAUACUGCAUUGCUGUUAGUGGAUCAGCGGAGAAGUCAUUCAAGAAUUCUAUGGAUGAGGUUGCCAGUUGUUUCGACAACAUUCACGUGUUGGUGAGGUACCGAUUUCAGCAUCAUCAUUUUGCUUGCAUUUGAUU